AUUACAAAUAUGGAUAUAUUGAAACUAAAGUUCGUUUUAAGAUGUAUUAACGUCCGUAUAUUCGAUUCCAUAAAUCGAAUUUCUGCAAAAUCAUAUAAUGAAUAUAAAUCUAAAGAAUUUUCAACAGGUAAUUUAUUGCGAAUUAAAGAGACAAAAACUGAAAAAAAAGAAUCAUUAAGAAUGAAACAAUUUCAUAGAAAAUUAAAAUUGCAACCCAUACCUAGAAUACCACCAAAAGAACGUUUCGUGGACUUAGUACUAGUGGAAACUGAUCCAACUAAUGGAGAACUAAUAACAAAUAGUGAAAAAGAUCCAACAAAGUGGGGGGAUUGGCAAACUGGUGGGCGAGUGAGCGACUUUUAAUUCAAAUUUUUGUGUAACUAUUCAUUUCAAUAUAUAAGUAAAAUAUAAAGAAGUAACAAUUUCAAUUAAUUUAAAUCUAUGAAAUUUAUAUAAUUAACUAGUAAACGUUAUUUGUUAAUUAAUAAUAUUGGAAAUUUCGUCUAAUGUUUUACAUACUAAGAGUAGUUAGUACUAUGCAAAAUUAAAUAUUUUAUUCUACAAUA